AAUAGACUCACGCAAAAAUGUUGUCUAACUCUAUAAAACACUGCACUUGUGAGAAUGCAAUUACACAUAACACAAAAACAAUCUAAAAUGGGUUCCAAAGAAGUAGGCAACAAAAAGCCUCAUCUUCUUUGCAUCCCUUUUCCAGCUCAAAGCCACAUAAAGGCAAUGCUCAAAUUUGCGAAACUCCUCCACCAUAGAGGUUUUCAUAUCACCUUUGUCAACACUGAGUUCAAUCACAAACUCUAUCUAAAAUCUCUAGGUCCCGACUCCCUCGACGGCUUGCCUGAUUUUCGGUUUGAAACCAUGCCAGAUGGCCUUCAAAGUUCAGAUGAAGAUACCACUCAAGAUUUGAUUUCGCUUGCUGAGUCAAUCGGGAAAAACUUCACAGCUCCAUUUCGUGACAUCCUCAUGAAACUUGACCAUUCAGCAACUUGCAACAAUAUUCCUCCAGUGAGUCACAUUGUUUCGGAUGGUUGGAUGGCUUUCACAGUCACAGCAGCUGAAGAAGUUGGAAUCCCUGUCGUACUCUUCUUCACUAUUUCUGCAAGCAGCUUCAUGGGCUUCAAUCAAUAUCCAACUUUGGAGGAAAAAGGACUUGCCCCACUCAAAGAGGAGAGUUGGUUAACAAAUGGCUUUCUGGACAAGGUUUUAGAUUGGGUUCCAGGAAUGAAAGAUAUCAGGUUAAGGGAUCUUCCAAACAACUUUAUUACUACAGAUCCCAAUGACAUAGGCUGGGUCUUCUGCUUGGAAUCAAUUCAAAAAUUCAAGAGGGGUUCAGCAAUUGUUAUUCACACUUUUGAUGCAUUGGAGCAUGAAGUUUUGGAUUCUCUCUCAUCCAUGUUUCCGCGUGUUUACCCCAUUGGCCCUCACCAGUUACUCCUCAAUAGGAUACCAGAGCCCCCUUUGAAGGCUAUGGGAUAUAGUCUAUGGAAAGAGGAAACUGAGUGCCUCCGAUGGCUAAAUUCCAAGGCACCAAACUCAGUUGUUUAUGUGAAUUUUGGCAGCUUAGCAUUCGUAACACCGGAACAUCUUGUUGAGUUUGGGUGGGGACUGGCAAAUAGCAAGGUGCCCUUCUUUUGGGUGAUUAGACCUGAUCUUGUCGUUCGUGAAUCGGCCAUUUUUCAACCUGAGUUUGUCGCGGAGACGAAGGAAAGAGGUCUAAUAGCGAGUUGGUGCCCACAAGAGCAAGUCCUGGAGCACUCAUCAGUCGGAGGAUUUUUAACCCAUAGCGGUUGGAAUUCAACGAUCGAGAGCCUAUGCGCAGGCGUGCCUAUGCUAUGUUUGCCAUGCUUCUCUGACCAGCAGACGAACUGUUAUUGUGUUUGUAAAAAAUGGGGUAUCGGCAUGGAGAUUAGUAACGAUGUGAAGAGAGAUGAAGUAGAGAAGCUCGUUAUAGAGUUAAUGGAGGGAAAGAAAGGUAAGCAAAUGAAAAAUAAGGUCAUGGAGUGGAAGCAACUGGCAGAAGAAGCCACUGCUCCACAUGGUUCAUCGUCCACAAACUUGGACAAUUUUGUGAAUCAAGUGCUACUAAGAAAAAGCUGAAGAUCGUACGUCUAAUAAUUUCGCCAAAUUUUCUCGUUGAACUUGGUCACUUUCUUUCUUUACCAAAUCAACCCAGGGGUUCAGGUGUUCGAAACCUUUUCUACAUUUGAUCAAAUUUAGGGUUUUUCAGUUGUUCUAAGCGUUUGAAAUGAUUUGUAAGUUGAUUUAAUGGAUGAAUUGGCU